AUGUCUAUGAAUAAAUCAAAUAUAUUGGCUUGUAUACCAGCGAAUAUUUACUGUGAGUAUACACAUGAUCGAUAUCAAGAUGAAGGACUUCGUCUCUUAGAAAAAUAUUUACCAUAUUUAAAUCCAGAGACUGGUUUAAGAAAUCGAAUGAUUACUCGUGAUCCCGUAACUGGUUUAGGUGAUCUAGAAGCUGAAUGGAAUCCUCUUAACGGAUGUCAUUUGCGUAGAAGACACUUUCCUCAUCGUGAUCCAAUAAGAAUGGAAGGUGAUAUGGGUACUGAAUACAAUUGUUUAUAUACUACUAAAGAACUCACAUGUAAAGAUCGUGUUAACCGUGAUCCAAUAACACUUCAAGGAGAUUUAGGUGAGGAAUUAGACAUGUUUAGACCACAUGGUGGUAGGCCAAGAAAUAAAAUUGAUCAUAACAUACAUGUUUCAAGGUCUGAUUCUAUCAGUGGUAGAUGCGAAUAUAAUGUAGAAAACAAUUCAGUAAAUCAGUAUAAUGAAAGACAGUGUAAUGAAGAGAAUUCAAAAAGAUAUUCUUAUCUUGCUACAGAUCCGAUAACUCAUUCACUGCCAGAAACAAAACUAGUUCGAUCUCAGUCAGUACGACAUUAUAAAGAAGCAUGGGCUACUCAUGAUCCAAUUGGUUAUAUGCACAGAACGGGUACAUCAUAUAAGACGGAUAAGGUUCGAGGAAUGAAACAUUUUCCAAUCAAUAAAAAUAGUGGUGAUCCCGUGACUCAUCGAUUAUCAAUUAAUCAUCAUCGGCAGCAGCAUCGUCCCAAACCGACAUGCACUGCCUCAAUAUCUAAAUUCAAUACCCUUAGAGCGAAUACUAAUCCGAUUACACAUCAACAGAAAAAUAUAUCUUCCGAUCAAUCACCAAUUGGACUGAACGAUGAAACAUCGACAAUCGGAGACUUCAAUGAAGCGACUAUAGGCAAUGUGUCUGUCGUUUCAGAGAAUAGAAAAUUACGAAGGGCACUUCGAAAUCCCAUUACUGGUGAAGGAAUGUGUGACAGUGAUUAUAUUGACCUACUGAAAUUACCAAGUGAAUAUUAUUUCCGUAGAAAUCGAGACACUUUGUCAUCGACAUUAAAUAUCCAUUCACAUUCACCACCAGUACAACCAGCGUCAACAACUACACCUUCAACUAAUACUGCUGUUGCUGUCAAAAAAGUACCUGUUCAAAAAGAUGCCAAUCCAACGAGUAAACUAACUGCAAGUAAACCAAGACAUCAAACACCGCCACCAGCACCACCACCACAACAACCGAGACUGGAGCCAAAAGUUGAAAAAAGCACCCCACAACCUAUAGAAAAGAAAGUUAUCCGCCCAAAAAAAAUCGAAGUGCCAACCGAAAAACAACCGGUUAAAGAAAACAAACAGCCAGUCAGUGUCACACAGUCACAACCAAUUACUGAGACACAAGCGUCUACAAAAGAAGCGGAACCACAAACACCGAAAGCGGUUGCAGAACCACAGACACUAGAAACUGAGAAACAGCAAACGCCGAAAGAAGCAGCUAAGCCAAAGACACCAAAAACCGAGAAACCAGAGAUACCAAGAGAAACUGUAAAACCACAGACACCAGAAACUAAAGAACCACAAACGCUGAAGGAAGCCACAAAUUUACAGACACUAGAUGAAAUACCACAAACAGCGAAAGAAGUGGCUAAGCCACAAACACCAAAACUCGAGGAAAUAAAAACACCAACCCCACAGAUACCAGAAGAAACCGUGGAACUACACACACCAGUAGAAACUCCUAUAACUCCCACUAGUCACACUUUAGCAGAGUCAACUGUAGAAACAAAGUCGACCGGGAAGCUUAUACCACAACCGCUGAGUGAAGAACUGAAGUUGGCCAUCGAUGAAUCCGAACCCCCACAACCCGCAACAUUCUCAGUAAAUGACAAAAUACCGGAGGUGAGCGAGGAUCUACGCAGUCCCGCCGUCCAGUCCCCGCCAAUUAGUGAAGCAAGGUUAUCUGUAGAUAACAAGAUGCCCCGACUACUUGACUCACAAACUUCGAAGGACGAUCUCACACCCAAACCAUCUACAGAAUUACCGGAGACGGGGCAAGUAUAA